UAGAUGUCUGCUUUCAGAUGAGAAGAACCAUUCCCUAGCCAUGCCUGCUUCCCUCUGCUGCUGUCAGGGGAGUCUAACGACCUCGCUCAGAUGCCAACGUCUUCGCUGCAGACAUGUGACAGGCUCCCUAAACGCGUUCAGCCAGGCACAACCUCUGCCCUUCUCCCGAGGGGGUGGAAAUCAACAGAUGAAAUAAUCAAACGGGCGAGACCAGAGUUAACGCAGUGCAGCAUCUCACUCAGACAGCACCUCCAGCCCUCGCCCUCCAACAGAACACCCCUGCGAGACCCCUUCUAUAGCCCGCAUCUCCUUGUAGCGGUAUUUGCCUCGGGCGCAGAGGAGUUUUACCAGCCACCCUGCGCUCCCCGCAAUACCUGCCGAAAUGAAACCCGGCCGCGGGGCCGUGCAGAGCCCGGGGGUCAGGGUGGGAGGACAAGCGGGGGGGCUGAAGGAAAGCACCUUUCUCCUGGGAAAGGCCCCCGAGGUGGAGGGCCAGCCUGCAGGGCAAAAGACGGACAGGCGGUGUGAGGGGAAGAAAGGCGGCCCGCGGGCUGCAGCCAGGCUUUCCCCCUACAAACGCAGGGCGGGAAGGAGAGAGACCCCGGUUCCCACCCGGGGAGGGGGGAGCCGAGCCUGAGGUGCCAGCACCCGACCCGGCCCCGCUGCGGCCCCUCAGCCCCUCCUCGGCGGUCCGGACCCCCUCAGGGGGCCGCCUUGAGGAAGACAACCAGCCCCGCUCCCCGGCCGAGACGGCCCGGCCAGGCCCCGCCUUCGGGCGCUGCCCGCCCUUCCGGGCCGGCGGGCGCCAUGGGGGCCGGCGGGCUGUGGGUGAGGACGGCGCACACAGCCCUCACCGGGGGUUUGGCGCUGGGGCUCUUCCUGCACCGCACAGAUUUGCAGAAGCAAGAGGAGCGCGGGGAGCUGCUGCAGCCACUGAUCUUCGUCUUACUGGUUUUGUGCUCUGUCCUGCUGUACUUUAAGGUGUCUCUCAUGGAUCCGGGUUUUGUUAAGGCUGAAGAGGAAGCAAAGGCAGGCAAGAGUGAAGAACAAAGUAUGGUGAUAGCCCAAGUUCCAAGUCAUAUUAAGAUGCGGCGUUGUGGUUACUGCAUGGUGAAGCAACCAAUGCGAGCCAAGCACUGCCAGCUGUGCCAACACUGUGUACGGCGUUACGACCAUCACUGUCCCUGGAUUGAGAACUGCGUAGGAGAGAAGAAUCACCCCCUCUUCAUAGUCUACUUGAGUGUGCAGCUUAUAGUUCUGCUGUGGGGAGGUCACGUUGCUUGGUCAGGCCUCUACUUUGAACAGUCCUGGGACUGGCUGCAGCACAACAUAUUCCUCCUCAUGUCCUUCCUCCUGAUAGUCAUAUUCACCAUUGUUGUCCUGCUGCUGCUUAUGUCACACCUCUAUCUGAUCUCAUGCAACACCACCACCUGGGAAUUCAUGUCACAUCAUCGCAUCUCCUACCUGCGACACUCUGAGUUGGAGAAUCCCUUUGACCAAGGGGUAGUCCUCAAUUUCUGGAAAUUCUUCUGUUCGUGCCACCUCACUGCAUGGGAGAAAAUCUACUUUCACAGGAACGAUGAGCCUGUCUAGUCACAGUAGUACCUACCUGGUAGAGUGCCAACACAUCUGCAGGUUGCUGGGUAAAGCUUUGCUGAUGCAAUUGCUGCUGUUCCCUUGCACGGAACUUUAGUACAUCAUAAACUAUGCAACCUGUUCAUCCUGCAAAUUACAUUUCAAGGAUAGUCAGGGUUAUUUUUGUAUACAAAUAACACUGUUAAAGGGGAGACACUGGUUCUGGGAAGGCCAGCAGAGCUGAUUUCUGGACUGAGCAAAGGUAUCUCUCUAAAUUUACUUCCUUUUGUUAACUGCAUCCACAUCUCUCCAGAAGAGAUGAAAGAGUAGUGUGAGCAUCCAUGUUCACUUCUCUUUCCCAAAGUUUCCCUCUCCUUUUGCUGCAAGGGAGCAGCAGCUAUUAGAGACAAUACCAGCCACAAUCAAUAUAAUUCCUGUGGCCUUUCUUCAACAUAGUUCUCACUGUGAGAACCACAGUGCCUUUUGUCAGUAGUGUUGGACACGUAAUAGAAAUAUUUGAGUAAAUAUUUGGACAGUCAAAAGCAAAUUUCAUUUUGACCACAUGCCUCAACUUAAUGCUUUUCACAAAGAUUUGAGGCUUAAUAAUGUGCAUGAGAAACGGCUGUAAAGCACCAAAUUCAGCUUAUGAGAUAAUUAGCCCGUACUUUGUGAUGCCCUGACCAGCUUCCUAACAGUUUUUUCUUCAAGUUGAUGGUGCUGUUAACAAUUCACAGACUAUUUUGAAUCAAGUCAGCAAAGAAUGAUACCGUCCACUCUUCUUUGGACAGAAAAGUAAUAACUUGCCUACUGAAUUAUUUCUGCAGGUAAUUUCAUGCUCAGGCCUUUACUGUAGCUUGUGGGGUGGGUACUUCUUGCCUAGCUCAAGUAACACUGCUGGUAAUACUACUACCUCAACAUACUAGUAAAAUUUGAAUAAAAUAAUAUGAAGUUUCAACACAAGAGGAAAGAUUCUAGGUUCUGUUUGUUUCAUUGAGAUGAGGGGAUGCUGACAGCUUUCUAGGACAGCAGCAAGCCUACUUGUUUUCCAUUGUAAUAAAAGGUCAUACUUCAAGUUUCCAUGAGGAACUAAAAGGAAGUUUGGGGUGACCAAUUUUAGCUUUAAAGACAGAAAAGGCUCUAGUGUGAAUUUUAGUCUUCACCCUUUUCUGUUUAAAAAAAAACAAAAACACAGCACUACAACAAAACCUUAGUUAAAAUUAUUUUGUGCUUUAAUUGCCUUGGCUCAGGAAAUAACACCAGCUCAAGAGCACAUCUGGCAAACUGGUUAAGAUGCACUCAGGGUUUAAAGUUGACAAGCACUCAUGAAAGGACAGUAUAGCUACUAAUACAGCACGGUGGUCCAAAAGCAGCUUAAAAACAGCAGAAGGAUCCCUUUUUUGACCAACUCCAGAGUUUGUAAUCUGCGUCCAGUCUGGUUUGUUCAGGGUAGAAACUCCUAUCAGAGGGAUAUCGGAACACUAAGAAUUAUUUUCAUAACAAUGGUAUACCAUCCAGAAAGGAUUCUACAGUUUGUUUGUGUCAGUGUGGUGCCAGCUAAAUUAUGGCUCAUCUGCCACAUAACAAUUUCUGGUUCUUCAGGUAUUAGUCAAAUAAAAAUUUGUCGGCAGGUACUACAGCUCAAAACAUAGUUUUGCUCUGGUAAUUCUUUUUAAAAUGCACUGGGAUGGUAAUUUACAGUCUUUUUUACUCUACUAUAAACUAUAAAUUUAAAGAUUAA